UCUUUGCUCAAGAUGGGUCUCUACCGCAUCCGCGUGUCCACCGGGUCCUCGCUCCGCGCGGGCUCCAACAACCAGGUGCACCUGUGGCUGGUCGGCCAGCACGGGGAGGCGGCGCUCGGGUGGCGCCUGCGGCCGGCGCGGGGCAAGGAGACGGAAUUCAAGGUGGAUGUGUCAGAGUACCCGGCACCGCUGCUGUUCGUGAAACUGCGUAACCUCCUCCAGGAUGACGCGUGGUUCUGCAACUGGAUCUCCGUGCAGGGCCCCGGGGACAGUGGGGAUGAGUUCAGAUUCCCAUGCUACCGCUGGGUGGAGGGCGACGGCAUCCUGAGCCUACCCGAGGGCACUGGUCGCACCGUGGUCGAUGACCCUCAAGGCCUGUUCAAGAAACACAGGGAGGAGGAGCAGGUAGAGAGAAGGAAGCUGUACUGGUGGGGCAACUGGAAGGAUGGGUUAAUCCUGAAUAUAGCUGGGGCCACAAUAUGUGACCUUCCCAUAGAUGAGAGAUUUCUGGAGAACCAAAAAAUUGACUUUGAGGUUUCUCUGGCCAAGGGACUGGCAGACCUAGCUGUCAAAGACUCUUUAAAUAUUCUGACUAGCUGGAAGGGUCUGGAUGACUUCAACAGGAUUUUCUGGUGUGGCCAGAGCAAGCUGGCAGAGCGGGUGCGGGACUCCUGGAAGAAGGAUGCCUUAUUUGGGUACCAGUUUCUCUACAGCUCCAACCCCAUGUUGCUGAGACGCUCCAUUCAUCUUCCUGCCCACCUAGAGUUUCCUCCAGGGAUGGAGGAGCUGAAGGCCCAGCUGGAGAAGGAGCUCCAGUGAGGCACACUAUGUGAAGCUGACUUCUCCUUGCUGGAUGGGAUCAAGGCCAACGUUAUCCUGUGUAGCCAGCAGUACGUGGCUGCUCCUCUGGUUAUGCUGAAACUGUAGCCUGAUGGGAAACUCUUACCCAUGGUCAUGCAGGUAAGAGGACCCAGGCUGGGUUCCCCCCCACCACCACCUUUCCUGCCCACGGAUCCCCCAAUGGCCUGGCUCCUGGCCAAAUGCUGGGUCCGCAGCUCUGACUUCCAGCUUCACAAACUGCAGUCUCAUCUCCCGAGGGGACACGUGAUGGCUGAGGUCAUUGCUGUGGCCACCAUGAGGUGCCUUCCAUCGUUACACCCUAUGUUGAAGCUUCUCAUUCCGCACCUGCGAUACACCAUGGAACUUAACAUCAGGGCCACGACUGGGCUGGUUGCCGAUUUGGGAGUUUUUGACCAGGUGGUGAGCUCAGAUGGGGGCAGCCACGUGGAGCUGCUGAAGCGAGCAGGAGCCUCUCUAACCUAUAGUUCCUUCUGUCCCCCUGAUGACCAGGGGCUCCUGGGAGUCAAGUCUUCUUUCUACGCCCAAGAUGCCUUGCAGCUCUGGGAAAUCAUCUCUCGCUACACGGAGGGCAUUGUGAGUCUCCAUUACAGGACGGACGAGUCUGUGAAAGACGAUCUUGAGCUGCAGGAAUGGUGUCGAGAGAUCACUGAGACUGGGCUGCUAGGGGCCCAGGACCAAGGGUUUCCCAUAGCCCUACAGUCCAAGGACCAGCUUUGCCACUUUGUGACCAUGUGCAUCUUUACCUGCACUGGCCAGCACUCCUCCAUCCACCUGGGCCAGACAUUGACUGCCCCUCCUUGGCUGGACUGGUACACUUGGGUCCCUGACGCACCCUUCACGAUGCGGCUGCCCCCACCGACCACCAAGGAUGUGACACUGGAGACGGUGAUGGCAACACUGCCCAACUUUCAUCAGGCUUCUCUCCAGAUGUCCAUCACUUGGCAACUGGGCAGACACAAGCCCAUCAUGGUGGCUCUGGGUCAGCAUGAGGAGGAGUAUUUUUCAGGCCCUGAGCCCAAGGCUGUGCUCAAGCAGUUCAGGGAGGAGCUGGCUGCCCUGGACAAGGACAUUGAGACCCGGAAUGCCAAGCUGGACCUGCCCUACAGAUACCUGCGGCCCAGCCUCGUGGCAAACAGUGUGGCCAUAUGA